AUUAAAAACAAAAUGGAACUGUGCACAAGAGGCUGUGCGGAGAACUGUGGACAUGACGCCCUGUACUAUAUUACUUCCCAAGAUAAAUAUUGCUGUGAAUUCCAUUAUAUCCACAAUGAUUCAGGUCAUAAGACUGAGCUCAGUACAUUCUCCAUCUCUUCAGAUGAAGUCCUGACUAAGCUUCAGACGAUUGAUAAGGGACUUCAAAGGUUCUUGAACUUCAUCAAGAUGAAAUAUACAGGAGACAAGAAAGAGAAAAGCUUGGCUGCUUAUUUUAAGCUGUUUCAAAAACUCGAAGAUCUUCUGGCUAAGAUAUCUGAAGCUCAGGCUGGCCAACUUCCGAGCAAGCUCGAUAGUUUUAGCAAAGAAGCAGACCAUCUCCGAGCCACCAUCGAUAAAGAUCCUUGAUUCAGCCGCUUUCUCAUUGACCAUGCUUGGUAUGCUGCAAGCCAGAGAGUUUCGAAAGAGUUUGAUGAACGUUCUAAUUUAUAUGAUGACUCCCAAUUAGGCUUUACUCCUUGACUUGAUGAGGCUGAGAACUGAGGAAACUCAACCUCUGCUGAAGGACAUUUUGAUACUUUAGAGACCACAAGUCAAGGCUUGGGUGGACAGAUGGAUGACUAAGAUGUGUCUGAAAGUUUGGAGUUAAAGAAAAAGGAAGGGUUUGAAAAGAAAGAAUAAGUCAGGGCAUAAACAUGCAAGAUAAAUGAGGUAUACUUGGAUGAAGUAGCCCAUAAAAAUAUCUUAACUCAAACUCAACGAAUUUUGA